AAGUAUAGAAAGUAAAAUGGCCGCUUGACCAUUGAUAGCGGCUUGCUGUCAAAAUAGUGGAAUCAUUUUAGACGACGCGUCGUAUACUUUAACUUGUAUUAACACAACCUGGAUGCAUGUUAUUAAUUUGCAGACCGAAUGAAUUACAUAGUUUAUAUCUGUAUUAACUCGAAUAUUACCUUGCGGAGGUCAUUUACACCUUCGCAACAGGCUUCGUGUCGUGCCCAUUGAAUUCCAUUCGACACUGUUUACUUGUGAAAAUGAGUGAAGAGGGCAGUGAGGACUCACCACCAAGGCCUAAGCGCAAGAUCAAAAAAGUGAUGGUGCUUUCAUCUGACUCUAGUUCGGAUAGCGAUGAAAGCGUCGCGGGAGCGGGAUCACGUAGGAAGAGAUUGAGGGUGACUGUCGCGGAUGUGCUGAGUGAUGAAGGUAGCGACAGCAGUGGUAGUUCGGUGGUGUGCGCAGGAGCUCGUCGAAAACGCACACUGCCUAAGCUGCGGGAUUCUGAGGGUGACAGCGACACGUCAGGCUGGGCCACGGAUCAUUCAGACGCACCCAAACCGACGACUGCAGUGAAACCUACUUCUGGCUUUGCAUCAGAUAGUUCUGAAGGCAAUUCUGACAAAUGCUCAAUUUGCCUAAUGCGUUUUACCCACCAAGAAGUAGGAACACCACAAAACUGCGAACAUAUAUUCUGUCUAGACUGUAUCACAGAGUGGUCAAGGAAUGUCAACACUUGUCCUGUGGAUAGAAUGAGUUUUGAUUUUAUAGUAGUGAGAGCCUGUGCUGGUGGUCGUGUGCUACGUACUGAGCCAGUGAAGGUGGUUGAGCGCAGGCCUUCUGUUGAUCUACUUGUCGUUGAAGAUCCCACUAGCUGCGAGAUAUGUGGCCGCACAGACAAUGAGGAGACCAUGCUCCUGUGUGACGGCUGUGACCUUGGGUUUCACAUGCAGUGUCUCACUCCACCACUGUCUGAGGUGCCUGCAGAGCAGUGGAUGUGUGCCAAUUGUGAGAAUAUGUUAACGGAUGUGAACCACAUAUUCAAUAGUGUCGCAAAUAAUGUGCCUCUACCACCACAUCUAGCUGCACUUGACAGCCAAGAAAGUAUUAGAUCAUUCAAUAGUGUUAGAUCAUCUUUUAGUCACAGAGGUGCAGACGAACCUUCCACAUCUGGGUCCAGUGGUGGUCAAUUGAAUUUUGAUGACAUACCAACUACAUCUAGAGGCACAUCUUCUCGAUCAGCCAAUAGUACUACCUCAAGAACAUCUACAGCUAGACACAAAACUACGGCUCAUACAAAUCGUAGAAGACCAAAGAAAAGACGAACUAAAACUGUCAUUAUUGAGUAUGAAGUUCAAGAAAAUGGGAAAUUUCCAGUAACUAAACGUGUUAAAAGGAAACUGAAGAAACGAAAGUCAAAGAGACGUCAGCCGCGCACGGCGGCCCGACGGUCGCACGUCCGCGCCAGCGUGCGCGCCAAGCUGGCCAGCGUGGGCGCCGCGCGGCCCGGCGCGGGGCCGGCGCGGGCCGCGCUCGGCGCCGGCGACCUCCAGCUGGCCACGCGGCGCCAGCGUGCCGGGAUCCCUGCGCUAAGUCUGUUUGGCAAUCCUCACGAAAUAGAAUAUUUCUCCGAGGAGGACGAAGGCGUCUCCGAAAGCGCCAGCACGGCGGUGGCGGCCCGACCUACAUCCAACAUUCUUAGUGCAUACAGACAGGCUCGAAGAAAGAUGAUCUCCAUUCCGUCUCCUCCUCACGCAUCAUCGGCGCCUGACGUUCUUUCUUCUAUCCUCGAAAGUCAAACUUUGCUUCAUUCAAAAAAAUCUGUGGUAUCAAUUUCUGUAGAUGGGAGUGUAAAUAUAAAACUAGAAACCCGCGAAAAGUUACCUAAAAAAAUGACAGAUGAACCGAAAGAAAAAAAUAAGAUUGAUAUCACCCGAGGAGAGGAUGCUGCAAAGAAAGUACCUUCGUAUCCUGGACAAUCCCGCGGAGGCCGAGGCUGGGGCGGCGGAUACACCGGGAACUAUCACCGCGAGCAAGGCUCUAGCAAUCUGAACAACAGAGGUGGCAACUACGACAAUAAUUAUAACUCUGGAGGUUACCAGAAUCGGCAGGGGAACGCGUUCAGCCAAAACAACAACGGACGGCGUGACGACCAGGACGCCUACAACAACUACUCCAGACGAGUGCAUCAGUACCCACAGGGCGAUGAAUUGCAGCAUGAUCGGAACAGGAGACAACCACCUGAACAAAACAGAGGCCAGAACAACCAGCAGCGCCAUAAUGAUCAAAAUCGAUACAGCUUGGCACCGUCGUGGCAACCCUAUGUGCCACCGCCCGUCGGGCCUAGGAACGAUCCUCCUUCUAUUCAACAUAGGCACUCAUUCGGUGGUUUUGAAAAUCCCCUCGAUAUGAGAACGGGACCAAUAAGGCGACAAAACUCGGCAAAUAAUAACUCUGCAACACUCAACGAAUCACAAAGCAUGCAGCAUCCGGCCACUAAGCCACAAGCACAGCCGUACCGUCCCCUACCAGAGCCCCCGGUGUUUAACUUCAAUAAAACUCCUGACAUCGAUAAAUCUGAGGAUGAAAAGAGUGAUUCUAGUUUAGUCAUAGAUACUGAAAAGUACGAUCCGACGGAACCGACGAACGAUGAUGACAGUGGGGAUGACGACACUGCCACCGCGGCGGCUGUCGAGCCACCGCCCAGCGCUGCGCCCCCAGCUCCUUCGCCCCCCUCUGUGGGCGCCGGGCCGGUGGGCUCUGGGCCCGCGGGCGCCGGGGCGCUGGGCGUGCCGCACGGGCUGCUGGACAGCGCGGUGCGGCAGGUGCUGCACGAGCACCGCUCGCUGCUGGCGCCCGCCGCGCCCGCGCCGCCCAGCGACGACGACGACGAGGGCGACUGCCCCAACUUCUCCAUCUACUCGGCCACCAGCGUGCACAUCGCCAACAACUCGGCCGAGCUGCCCAGCGAGCCGCCGCCGCCGCCCUCGCUGCACGACGGCCUGGAGGACCUGGUGCAGGAGGACGACGAGGCGCCCGACCCCGCCGAGCCCGAGCCCCGGCCCCAGCUCGAGCUCUCCCACCACUCCACUCGUACCGAGACUGUGACGACGCGCUACACUACCGAUUCUAUUUCUAAAAAAAAAUCAGAAGAAGAAUUAAAAGAGAAAGUGUCGAAGCGUUGUCCGAUCACAACAAAUCCGCGCAAUCCCAUAAAAAUAAAGCUCAAUACGCCGUCGUUGAUUAAACGACAAGUCAGUCUUUAUGAUGAGGACUUGGAAGAUGAAGAAGAGGUGAACGAGGACAACGACGUCGCGGCGACCACGGAGCCCGAUGUGGAAGCGCGAGACAAGCGCGCCAGUAGCGACCGCGACUCCCCACUCUGUGACGAGCAACUGUCCUCCGAGCCCGCUCUCGAUUCCCAGUUGACCACUCCAGCCGAAAUCAUCAACCACAAGGAUUCGGAUGCAACACAACCAGAGAGUCAAAAGAGUUUUGCUGAAACAGAGGAGCAUGCGGCCACUGAGUUGGAGGCAGAGGUCGCAGACGAGGCGGGGGAGCCGGCGCCGGGCGAGCUGGACGAGGACAGCUCCCCGGACCUGUCCGCCUCCGACACCGAGCUGCCGCUGCUCGACCGCUCGCCCAGGAAGGGCUCUGUCGACAGAACGGAUGAACUUAUUGAGAAAAUGACUGAAUCUAUUAGUGAAACAGAAGACGAGCGCAGUUACACGCCGUGCCUCGACGAGAACAAGUCGAAAGACACAUCUUUAGAGACAGAGAAAGAAAAAGGCAUAGAAGGACUGGACACCGAGAUGAUAUCUGAGGAUGAAGGCAACGGCUUGUUUUCGGAUAACGAGCGCGCGCCGUCCGAGCAGUCGCGCGGCUCUCCAGCCAAGCUACCCACCAACGAAAACGAGGAGGGAGAGAUCGUCGACAAAAAGAAGGAGGCGCGCGUCGACGACGGCAAAAAGAAGAAGAAGAAAGAAUCCAAGAAGGAGAGUAAAGAAAAGAGUAAAACUAAGAGCAAAAAGGCAGAGGUCGCCUUUAAGAAACUUAGCAAGAGCGGCAAGGAGAGGAACUAUAGAGAUAAAGACAAAAAACGAGAACGGCGGGAGUCCAGCGACGGAGAGCGCGAGCGAGCCAAGCAGCGCCGCAAGGAGCGCAGGAAGGAUCUCGAGCGGUACGACGUGCGCACCGUCGUGUCCGACAAGCGGCGCCGGCCCAAGGACGCCUUCGGCCGCGACGUGUCCCCCCGCGCCCGCUCCCCCAGCCCCCCGCGCCCGGCUCGCGCCUCCCGUUCCCCGCGUCCGCUCCGCGGCUCGCGCUCCCCCCGCCUACCCCGCGCCUCGCGCUCCCCUCGUCUAGCACGCGCGUCCCGCUCCCCCCGUGUACCGCGUGCGUCCCGUUCCCCCCGCCUGCCUCGCGCUUCUCGCUCUCCCCGCGCGGCUCGUGCGUCCCGUUCGCCGCGGCCAGGCCGCCUGUCUCGUUCGCCCCGCGCAGGCCGCCUGUCUCGCUCGCCCCGUGCAGGCCGCCUGUCCCGCUCGCCUCGUGCAGGUCGCUUGUCCCGUUCGCCCCGUGCAGGCCGCCUGUCCCGCUCGCCCCGACUGUCCCGCUCCCCGCGCGUGUCCCGCUCUCCCCCGCGCCUGACUCCAGUGCGGCGCGGCCGCAUGUCUGCGUCCCCGCGCUCCUCUCCCCGCGCCUCGUCCCCCGCGCGCGCCCCGCGCCGCCGCCGCCGCUCCACCGAGCGAGAGAAGCGAGUGGAGUCUCGGAAGCGACGCUCCACUGAACGUACGCGAAAACGACGUCGUUCGGGCUCCGGUUCUAAAAGUCCACGGUCCAAACCUACAAAACGAAAAAAACGCAUCCGCUCCGAACGUUCGGUCUCUCGACGUCGCUCUCCACGGAGACGCAGUCCGCGUCGCCGUCGCGCCCGCCGGCGCAGCGCCAGUCGCUCGCCGGAGCCGUCCCCAGCAGGCUCGGGGGGCGUAGCCCCGGCCGCAGGCUCCGGGGGCGCAGGCUCCAUAGACUCGCAGCUACUGUCCCCGCGCACGCCGCCGCCGGAGCCCGAGCCGGUGCGGGCGCGCCGCCGCCGCGACCCCGCGCGUCACCGACGCACCAGAGACGCGCCCGGCCCCUCCAAGGAAGUGUUCACAUCGGGAGACAACAUUCUCGUCAGCGUCAGCUUCAAGGAGCAGGAGCGCGCGGAGGACGACGAGCGUCGGUCGCGUAGACGAUCACGGAGGCGACGCAGACGACGGGCCGCGGCCCCCGACAGCGACGCGGCGGCGCCCCGGCCCGUGGCCAUCAUAGACCUGGAGCGCUCGCCCUUCCGCGAGCUCACUCCGUCGCCGCGCAACGUCAUCGUACUCAGCGACAGCGAGCCCGGGGAGAAGGAGGCGGAGCGGGCGCCGGGGGCCGGGCCGCCCGCGCCCGUGGAGGCCGUGGGGCCCAAGACGCCGCCGUCCCCGGGCCGCAGCGCGCCCGAGCCGGCGCCGGAGGCGGGCGAGGCGGAGGAGGCGCGCGGCCCCAACACGCCGCCGGAGCCGCCGGAGUCGCCUGACGCGUACGACCCGUACGAGCCGACGCGGUCGGCCUCCGGCUCGCCCCGCUCGGCGCCGGCCGCCAGCCCGGCGCGGACCUGUAUGACGCUGGAGACGGCGCAGAAGACCAACAUGUCGGCCGAUGAUGUCAUCGACCGUCGCCCUCUCUCUCCAAUAGAAAAGGUGAUGGCGUUACUACAGUCCACGCGCGACGUGUCCCCGGAGCCCCCGCCCAGCGAGACGGCCGCGGCCCCCGCGCCCGCGCCCGCCGACGGCGCCCCGGCCGCGGCCGCCGCCACGCCCGGGGCGCUGGGGGCGCCAGCCACACCUGCGCCGGCGCCCCCGGUCCAGGCGCCGCCCGUGCGCAUCGUGCUACCUUCACCGACGCGCUCACAGCCGCCUAAAUUGUUCCUGGCCAAGCCCUCCCCGAUCAAGUCGGACCCUAUCAAGCCCAUGCAAGCCACUAAGAUCCAGCGGCCGGCGGCGCUGGGCCCGAGCACGGCGGCCGUGGCGGCGCGGCGCCGGGACGGCCCGGACUCGGACGGCGACGCGGACUCGCCCUACUCGCCCGGCUCCAGCGACUUCGGAGACCUAUUCGAGCCCCCGGCGGGGGCGCGCGGCGCCUUCGACACGCUCUUGGAGCGCCCGCGCCGCAAGCGGCCGCAAGGCGCCGCCAAGGUGCCCGUCAAACUCAGCCGGAAGAAAGGUAAAACACAAGUGGGAGUCAAGAUCGACGAGGACAACCUGAAGAUUCUCGACGACCUCCCCAGCUCGGCCGUCGAGAUGCAAGUGAAGAGCAAAGUGAGCAAUCACGCUGUAUAUUUCCUGAAGAAGCUGAACCGCCAGGAGCGCGUGGUGGAGGAAGUGAAGCUGGUGCUGAAGCCGCACUACAACAAGAAGCACGUCACCAAGGACGAGUACAAGGACAUCCUGCGCCGCGCCGUGCCCAAGAUCUGUCACAACAAGACGGGAGAAAUCAAUCCAGCUAAAAUUCAGGCACUCGUAGAGGCGUAUGUGAAAAAGUUCAGAAAAAAACAUAAACUGGGACUAGUGUAGUGACGCCAGUGGUGACUAGUGGCGACUAUUGGCUCCUGGUGGUGUCUGGUGGCUCCCGGCGGUGACUGGCGGCCGCUGGCGGCGACUGGUGGCCACUAGUGGUGGCUGGUGGUAGUUGUAUACAUAGUGUAGCAUAGAGAGAGAGGCGCGCAGGCCUGCCUGGCGCUUCUAUCAGAAUAAUAUUGUAAUUAUAAUUUAUGUAAUGACGAUCUAUUUUACUUAAACUUUUAUUUAAAUAAAUAGUAUUUAAUUAUGAAAGUAA